AUGGCCAAUCGCACCACCUCAGUGACUGAGUUUAUUCUCAUGGGGUUUUCAGACUCCCGGGAGUGGCAAGUCCUCCAGGCUGUGCUCUUCCUGCUCAUCUACCUGACGGCUCUCGCGGGCAACCUUCUCAUUCUCCUUACCACCUUGGACUGUCGCUUCCAAAGCCCCAUGUACUUUUUUCUGAGGACACUCUCUUUGUUGGACCUCUGCUUCAUCUCUGUCACCGUUCCCAAAUCCAUCAUUCAGUCCUUGACUCAGGACAGCUCCAUAUCCUUUGCAGGGUGUGUGAUGCAGGUGUUCCUCGUUGUUUGGUUUGCAUGUGCAGAGCUGGCCCUGCUCACGGUGAUGUCCUAUGAUAGGUAUGUGGCCAUCUGCCGCCCCCUGCACUACCAGAUCAUCAUGAAGAAAGGGGCCUGUGGGCAGAUGGCGGCUGCUUCCUGGCUCAGCGGGGCGGCCUCUGGGUUCUUGAAUACCUCUGUGACCUUCUCAUUGCCAUUUUGUAGAUCAAAUUUCGUCCACCAGUUCUUCUGCGAGAUCCCCUCACUACUCAAACUCUCCUGCUCAGAGGAGUACCUUGCAGAGAUUGGAGCCAUAUUUGUCACAACCUCCUUGGGAAUCCUGUGUUUCAUUUCAAUCCUGAUUUCUUAUAUCCACAUCUUCUCCACAGUCCUGAGGAUCCCAUCUAUGGAGGGCAGGUCAAAAGCUUUCUCAACAUGCAUUCCUCACAUUGUGGUUGUUACUGUUUUUCUUAGUACAGGGUCCACUGCCUACCUAAAGCCCGUGCAGGAGUCCCCUGCUGUGUGGGAUAUGCUGGUUUCUGUCUUCUACACCAUGGUGCCCCCAACCCUGAAUCCCAUCAUCUAUAGCCUGAAGAACAAAGACAUGAAAGCGGCAUUUCAGAAAGUGCUGAGAAAGACCAUGUUCAUAAACCCCACCAACCACAACCCUAACACCAACACCAAGAGACAUGAAGCUAACUCAGCCAAUAAUAACAGACUCCCUGCUAUUUAG